UAUUAGCAAGGCUAUUUACAAGGCCCUAUAUGCCUAUACCAAUGCCUAUAUUUAUAUGGCUAUUUAUAAAAUUAUUGGUUUCUUUGACAAAUAGCUCUUAAAUAGAUCUACAAUCCUAAUUGUUUCGACGCUACUGCAAAAUGCAGUAGGUGGUGUGUUAUGGCCUCCGAGGAUUCCAACUGCUCUCAGAAGAGCUCAGGAGACCUGCUGAACAUUGGAAAGCAGCCUGCAGGUGUUGAGUCCUUGCUACUCUUGAAGAAGCAGAGAGCUCAACAUCAGUCUGUUGAGCCCGAGCAGCGUGCUACCUUCCGAGUGCCGGCCAGCUCUGUGCUGGACCGCGUCCGCUCCUUCCUGCCGCGCAUGCGCGAGGCGGAGGCGACGCUGCAGGAGCGUGUGGCCAGCGAGGGUGCCGACGCCGUGUGUAUCGAGGCGGACGACUCGGAGCGGCCGCACAUCGAGCUGAACCUGGGCCUGUGCGAACUGGAGUCGGGCUCGGACUCGGACUCUGACUCGGAGUCGUACUCGGACGGAUCAGAGUCGGACGCGGAGCGCGCGGCGGCGCCCGUGGGUCCGGUGACGGCGGCCAACCUGCGCCUGCCGGGCGGCGGCGGCGGCGGCGGCGGCUCCCGGCGGCUGGUCACCGAGGUGGGCCAGUCGCGGCCGGCGCCCGCCAGCCAUGAGCGACACGGACAGUGACGCGGCCGGCUCGGAGCCCGACCUGGAGACGCUGAGCCGGCGCGCCGCCGAGGCCCGCCUGCUGCGGGACGCCGAGGCCGGCCCGGCCCGACUGCGUGCCGGCUCCUCUGGCAGCGAGGACGGGGACGCCACGGACAGCGGGCCGCCAGACUCUCCCGAGGAGGAGAUUCUGUGGGCGGCCGAGCGCGGCCUUUGCGAGCGGGUGUCCCAGCUGUUAAAAGAGGAUCCGAGUCUGAUAGGUGCCAGAGACGGCGACGGCUACACUCCGCUCCACCGCGCCGCCUACAACGACCACGUAGCAGUAGUGGAGCGCCUGCUGUCGGCCGGCGCGGACCUGUCGGCGCGCACGGCCGAGGGCUGGACGCCGCUGCACUCGGCCGCCCGCUGGAACUCGGCCGGCUGCCUGCCGCUGCUGGUACUGCACGGCGCCGACGUGAACGCGCCGACGGCCGGCGGCCUGACGCCGCUCAUGGUGGCCGCCUCGAGCGGCGAGGCGCGCGACACCUGCUACCUGCUGCUCACCACCGACGGCGUCCGACUGGAGGCGCGCAACGACAGCGGCGACACGGCCGCCGACAUCGGCCGGCGCACGGCCGCCAUCCAGCCGCUGUUCGAGCUGACAGAGCCGUACAUGACGGACAUCUGAGCGCUGUUCAGGCAGACCGAGCCGUAUAUGACGGAACUCCGACGGUUAUUCGAGUUAUCAGAGCUGUACAUUACAGUCUCUGAGGCUGUUCGUGAUGAGUCGUGUACGUUGUGGACCUUUGAACCAGGCUGGUUCAUGACGGAGCGGUGAACAGAAGACGGGAGGUGAAAACAUUCCUCUAGGCGCGAGCCAGCUGGUGUACCGUGUUGAUCCCGAGUGGGGUAUAUUGGCCAGGUAUACCCGAGUGGGGUCCGUACUCCCGAGUUCGGUCAUGCGGGACGCUCGCCAUGAUUUGCGGCCGAGAGCUACGGAUGAUCGGUGCCAAGUUUUUGUACCGUGUCUGGUUCUAUGAUCUUUGUGUGUUGUGGAUAUAAGGUAAUACAUUCUCGAACCUGUCAUAGGACUGAAAGGAUAUAUGGACCAUAAGCACCUGUCGCC